UCGUGUAGGAUAAGGCUGAUUCGUCAACAAAAUGUUAAUAUUGGUUGUUUUCACUCAAAUUAUGGGAACUUGUUACGGAAAUUACAACCAAUUUGAACUUAGUCUUUUCCGGACAAUUUAUGGCUCCAGUAAAGAGAGUAACAUCAUCUUAUCAGCUUUUUCGAUACGAGCAACUCUAUCGAUUUUGUAUCUUCUCGCUAACAAGAACACAUCUGAAGAUAUGCAAAAGCUUUUCAAAACGAACCACUUCGAUAGACAGCCAUUUGAAGAUGGAAUUAAUUUACAAAUUUAUUCAAAGGCAUUUAUUGACCAAACAUUGUUCAACGAGAACUUUUCAACAACUUUUCAAAAGCAUUCUGGAAUAACACUCGAAACCAUCGACUUUGAACCACCACGUCACGAAAACAACUCAAUCGACACCUGGAUUGACGACCUCACCGAAUGCACUGAACCACCCCUGCUCAGCACAACCGAGGUCACCCUAAACUCCAGUUUCCUACUGUGGAGCGCCAUCUGGGUACGUGCACGUUGGCGGGAACCCUUCGACUGGACGACCCAGCAGAUCUUUCACUACGCCAACGGAGACCACCUCGUGGACAUGAUGUUCGUGGAGAAUCGCUUCGAGCACGCCGAAGUUGACGGCUUAUCAGCGGUGAACUUGCCCUUGGACGCGGAUCUAUCGAUGCUGGUGAUCGUGCCGACUCGCAAGUCAGAUCAACUGUCGACAGUGAUUGCCCGAUUUGACCACACGAUGUGUUUGAAAAUUGUUCGAGCUCUCAAAGAGAAGCAUGUUGUUUUGCGGAUGCCAAAGUUUGCGGUGAGUAGCACUGUUGACGUUCGGAAAGUUCUAGCAGCGAUUGGAUUGGGAGCUCUGCUUGGAGAUUAUGCGUUCGAAGUGGCUCCUGGUGUGAACUCUCCACUUUCCUCUAUGAAGCAAACAACAGUGAUUGAAGUGACGGAGAAUGGACUGAUGGGAGAAGAUAGUGCUGGACCAAACUUUCGAUUUUCAACUGGUGCAGAAUCAUCGCCAAGUCCAGUGUUUUUAACAAUUGAUCGUCCAUUUAUAUUUUUUAUAAGGCAUGUGUCUACUAAGUCUAUUCUAUUUAUAGGACAAUAUUCACAGUUUGUUGAAUGUUAAACAAAUGAAUAUGU